AUAGGGAAGCAGAAGCGGCCCCGGUACAAAAUGUGCGCUGGGGGCUCAGCUUGAUUCCUCGCCGCCAGGCGACGACUGUGAGGGCCCGCCCCGAAGAGGAGGAGGCGGAGGAGGAGGAAGAAAGGUUGCAGACUGGCUUUGGUCCGCUGGACUCGACUCCCGCCGCUGCUGCGAGGGCGUCCUCUGCCGCCGCCGCCGCCUCUCGCCGCCAGCCCCCGGUGGCCCGGGAGGAACUGAACUGUAGUUGCACAGGAAGUCGCGGCUGCUUGGGAGCACACAUACAACACACACGGAGGCAGCUGCCUCUGCCGCACUCCAUACGAGAGUCUGCCCGCGCCGGAGCCAGGCGCCGCUACAAUAGCAACCCCUCCCGGACCAGCGGCGGCCGCAGUGACCGAGGCAGCGGCCGCCCCAAUUGCGCGAGCUGGUAGCCAAGCAGAGGGGGGUGGCCGUGGCCACAGGAUUGGAGCUGGAGCACAGCCGCCGGCUACGAGAGGUUCCACCUCUACCGGGGGAAGAGGUGGCUGCAGGACUGUUAUUCUGAGUGAAGGACCUUGCAAGCGCCACUAAGCAGUUAUCAUGGGCUUAAUUGCAUUUCUGAAGACCCAGUUUAUUGUUCACCUCCUGAUUGGGUUUGUCUUCGUUGUGAGUGGGUUCAUCAUUAACUUCAUCCAGCUAUGCACACUACUCCUCUGGCCUAUAAACAAGCAGUUUUAUCGACGAGUAAACUGUCGCCUUGCCUACUCAUUGUGGAGCCAGUUAGUGAUGUUGCUGGAAUGGUGGUCAGGCACAGAAUGCACUUUGUUCUCAGACCAGGCUGCAGUGGAUAAGUUUGGGAAAGAGCAUGUCAUCAUUAUCCUGAACCACAACUUUGAAAUAGAUUUCCUGUGUGGCUGGACCAUGACAGAGCGCUUUGGUGUAUUGGGGAGCUCAAAAGUUCUUGCUAAGAAAGAGCUGCUAUGUGUGCCGCUGAUUGGCUGGACAUGGUACUUCCUUGAGAUUGUUUUCUGCAAAAGGAAAUGGGAAGAAGAUCGAGACACUGUUAUUGAAGGGCUAAAGCUACUGGCUGAUUAUCCAGAAUAUAUGUGGUUUCUCUUGUAUUGUGAAGGAACUCGUUUUACAGAGACCAAGCAUCGUAUCAGCAUGGAGGUGGCAGAAUCUAAGGGAUUGCCUAAACUGAAAUAUCACCUGUUACCCAGAACCAAAGGCUUCACUACUGCUGUCCAGUGUCUCAGGGGAACAGUUUCAGCAGUGUAUGAUGUAACAUUAAACUUCAGAGGAAAUAAGAACCCAUCCUUAUUAGGAAUCCUUUAUGGGAAGAAGUAUGAAGCUGAUAUGUGUGUCAGGAGGUUUCCUCUUGAAGAUAUCCCUUUGGAUGAGAAGGAAGCAGCAAACUGGCUUCAUAAACUUUACCAGGAAAAGGAUGCUUUACAAGAGAAGUAUAAUCAAGAAGGUAUAUUUCCUGGGCAGCAAUUCAAACCUCCCAGAAGACCUUGGACUCUCCUAAACUUUCUUUUCUGGGCCACAAUUCUCCUGUCUCCUCUUUUCAAAUUUGUUUUUGGAAUUUUUGCAAGUGGAUCACCUCUCCUAAUUCUUGCAUUCCUGGGCUUUGUUGGAGCAGCUUCCUUUGGAGUUCGUAGACUGAUAGGAGUUACAGAAAUAGAAAAAGGCUCCAGCUAUGGCAACCAAGAAUUCAAGAAAAAGAAAUAAUUUUACAGUUGCAGUUCUGAACACAUAACAAGACUAUGGUAUCAAAUUAACUUCACUGAAAGAAAGACACUUAGAAAACCUAUCUUCUUUUCUUAUUAACUGAUAACUAAUAAUACUUGAGCCAAGACUGAAGAAAAUGGAAGAUUCAAGAGAAGAGGAAACAGUUGACUACUUACCUGCCUAAGGAUAACUGUAUUCAUGGUUUGGGGGAGAAAAUGAGCUAAAAAACAACUCCUUUUGCUUUGUGAGGGGGUGGGAGGAGGGAACUAAUGGGUGGAACUACAUACACCUUCAGGUAACUGGUUUGUCCUUUGAGAGUGCAACAUUUGCUUUGCAAGAAGAGCCACUGAAUUUCUUCUUGCUAAAACCAUUAUUUCCCAGUUCUUAGUGUCCUUUUUUAAAUGUAUACACUACAGCAAAACAAUAUCCAGUUAAUUUACAGCUGUUCCUUAGGGAGGAAGCCAACUUGAAAACUCUGUAGAAUUUUUAGGUAAUAUCUAUUAACUUCCAAAAGAAAAUGGAUAAUGAAAUUCUCUGGGCCAAGUCCUUCACUAAUAAGCACAUUCUUUAAGCCAGACUUGACUAGUAUGAAUAUAGUUUCAACUGUUUUUCACCCCCUUCAUCCUGUGUGUCCCAGUAAAAAAAUGGAACAUUCUUGGGUUCAGUUUCCAACAUAUAUCUUGGACUGUUUUUAAAAGUUAUACCAUAGCAUUUGAAUUUAUGUGACCUGAACUAUUCAGCCCCUGGCCUUGAUAUUUCUUCCAAAGAUCUACUCUGCUCAGCUUCCUGCAUGGCUUAUGAUGAAAAUAGCCUCAACCAGCACUGGGAUAGGAAAAAUACCUUGUUUUUGAAAAUAAUAAAAGAAAUAUCUAUAUAUGAAAUAGUACACCUUGAGUACUAUACUUCCAGGGCUGCAAUCUUCAACAUGGUUACCUGAAAGAAUUUUCAUCUGAAAUCCAGUAGAUUUUCAGGUAAAUGUGUGAAGGUUUGAAAUGUCAUUUACCUACUUAGCACAACAUACGAACACUCAAUUCAAGAGCCACUUCAGUGCUUUCUUAAGUCUUUAAUAUCUAAACUUCUGAUAGUUCAGAUUUUUGUGUACUGUGCUACAAAUUAGUGAGAUCAGUGUGGCUCCUGUCAUCUGACUCAAAGCAUACUUACAGGAGCUGCAUAUGAGCAGAUUGCUGUUUUGUUUGUUUUAAAGGGAGCUGUUUAUAAGUAUGUGGCAGUGGUACGUACCUCCUUCCAGUACAGGAAUAAACUUCUGCCCUCAGCUCCAAACCAGAAAAAUCUGUGAACUCUGGGAAUAGAAUUCAAAGCUGAACUAGCUAUGCUUUUCCUUAAGAUAUGAUAUUAACGCACACUUUCUUACUGAAGAUUUUAAUUGUAUAAAAUCACUGAUUUCCUUUCUCUCGUACACCCAAGAGUAAAUGCAUACUGUUUUACUUUACCUAAUACAUGUUGCAUUUUUAUACCUGUUGGAGCUCAUUUAAGAGUUUUCAAAAUAUGCUUGUUUGCUUGUUACUACAAAUAUUGGAAACAUUAUUUGUGGGGAUGGCUUAUCUUUGUUUUCUCAUGUACCUGAUUGCUUAGGGAUUUCUGAAUGAAAGGUUUUUGAAGUUGUCUCAUGGGCAGUGGUUGAAAUAACUAAUGGGCAUGGGAGAGAAUGGUAUGUUGAAAACCAGUUCGUGCAGCUGGCUUGUCACUUCUGCUCUCACCGUUCCUAUUGCUGAAGAGAGAGGCUAGAUUUCCAACUGAGCAGGUGCUUGAUCCUUCAGUAGGGGGGAAAUGCGGCGGCAGAAGCUCUGUCUGCAUGCAGAUCUAUCCACAUGUAUUAUUAAUUUUCAAAAUACUUUUGUUUGCUACUUGCCACUUUGAAGUCUGGAAAAAUGUAUACUUUGAAUCACAGCCCAUAGUGUCCAUCUGUUUUUGUUGCACCCUUCUCCCACCCAAGACUGCACUGUCAGUCCCAGAAUAGGCAAACUGUGCUGCCUGAGAGGCGAUAAAAUCUACCUGUACUCUAAGGAUGGACAGCUGUUAUUAACUUCAUUAGAAGUUGAAAAUGUACUUCUUUAAGGAUGGGCAAAUUCCAGCCAUGACUGUGUUUUAUAACUCAGUGGAUAUUUUCUGCUUUUUGUUUUGUUUUUAAACCAAGCUACCCAGCUGAACAAAUAAGCCUCUACUUUUCUUUGAUUUCUAACCAGAGGACAAGCAGACUUACUUUAAAAAAAUACUUACUAAAUAACUCUUGUAUGUUGGAAAGGGGUUUUUUUUGUUUAAAAAAAAGACGCUGUAUAAUUGCUUUCUGACGAUGAUGUUGAAUAUGUGUUAAUUGCACUCAGUAUCAAAAACAAAGCAGGGUUUGUAAAGAAGGAAGACCCUUAGCUAUGUGUACAAUUUUAUGUGAACAAUGCAUUUAUUAGUGGUGGAUGGAGCGAGAAAUGUUAACAAUUUAGUGGGGCAGGGUUGGUGGUGUUCAAACAGGAAGAGGCUGCAAAAAAGAAAAGACAAGAGCAUAUAAAAUCUUUUUAAUGGGUAUCCAGUCUCCACUCUGUACAGAACAACUCCUGUUUAAAGCUAAGGGGAGUAAUGCCAUGUACACUUUGGGGAGAAAAAGCAGAUUAAUUUCCUCUGUUUUAUUUUCAUAUCAUGAAAAAUCAUUUUGCUUUGAACGCAUAGUAAAGAUACACGUUUAAUUUGUUUGCAAUUCUAGAAAGACAUAUCAAUUUUGAAAACUGAAGUGUACAGUAUUGCACAAUAUAGUACAUGACAGCUCAUCUUUUUGGCUUGAACUUUGGUUUGUCUCUUCAAAUAGUUUUUUUAAAUAAAUAUGCAGAAUGUGUAUGAAAGAAUAUUAUUGGGAAUAGCAGUAAGUGUGUCUCAUAAAGAAUAUCAAGUGGUUUGGACUGAAACAGUAAGCAUAGAUUUUAUACCUUACACUAUUUUCUUCUGGUUUAAUAGAACAUAGCUUGUAUAUUUGACUACCAAGCCCUU